AUGGAGGGGGUAGAAACCCAGCAUCCCGUCAAUCUGCCUCCGGCUCCUUCUUUCACCGUCGCUCACCAGAAAGUCGAGCUCGAGGUCAGCUUCAACCAACAUGUAACUGGGAGGACCGAAAUCACUAUUUAUCCCGACUCUCCAAACCUCAAAGAAAUCAGACUCCAUGGUCGAAUCUGUACCAUCCAGAAGGUUCUGGUGAACAACAUUCCUCCGUCUUCGGUUCGACAUGAAGAUCCUUGCGACCAGCUUACCCUUCACUCCAACGCGACCGUCCACCAACAUCAUAUACUGGCUGAAAAGCUGGCAAGAUCGGUUGGCCCUGAACCCCAGCCCGAUAUCACCAUUACUCUCCCUCAAAGACUGCGAAUUGUGCCAGUUGACGUUGCAGAAGUCCACACUCAGGCUACUGGCUCGAUCAAGAUCCAGGACCCUCUGACCAGCGGCCCAGCUGCUGCCGAGGCCACGCAAGCGCUGUCAGAUACAACGGUUGCUCGAUUCACUCCUUUGACCGUGGUCAUAGAGUUCGACUCUUGUCAUAUUCGAGAGUCGCUGCAAUUCGUUGCCGGCAGACGAGGAAGUGGGCGUUGGCCACAUGCAUAUACUCGAUCAAAGCUGGGCCCUGGAGGAGCCUCGUCGUUGUUCCCUUGUGUCGAUGUCGCAACUAGUCGAUGUACAUGGGAUAUUUCCAUCAAAUGUGCGAGAACAGUCGGCGAUGCGCUCAACCAGGCCAUGCCGCUUGACCUGUCCCACCUCACCCUAGAAGCCUCCUCUAGAGAGAGCUCAGGUCAGAGCUACGAGGCAAAAGAAAUGCUUGUCAUAUGCUCUGGCGAGCUUACAGACGAGAUCGUGGACAAAGCUGACUCGUCGAGGAAGACCAUGUCGUUCUCCUGCUCCCAGCAACUGGCCCCCGAGCAGAUUGGCUUCGCUAUUGGACCAUUUGAGCAAGUCAACCUAGGCGAACUACGAGAUGCACAGGAACUGGAGGAAUUAGGCCGCAACGCAGUUGAAAUGCUGGCGUAUUGCCUGCCAGGACGAGCCGAAGAAACCAAGAAUACUUGUCUUCCGACCACGAAAGCCAUGGACUUUGUGGUCCACAAGUAUAUAUCUUGUCCGUUCAAGUCGUACUCGAUGGUCUUUGUGGAAGACAUGCCUUCCGACGUCUCCAUAUUCGCGGGCCUGACAAUGUGCAGCACGAGGCUAUUGUAUCCCGAAGAAGUCAUUGACCCGGCUCAAGAGGUGACCAGGCAGCUAGUCCACGCGAUUGUCUCGCAAUGGAUUGGGAUCAAUAUUGUCGCAGAAGAGCCACGAGAUAACUGGGUUAUUAUCGGAGGUUCUUAUUUCAUCACCAACCUCUUUAUGAAAGAUCUCUGCGGGAACAACGAGUACCGCUAUCACAUGAAACAGCAAGCCGACCGGGUCUACGAGCUGGACCAUGACCGUCCCUCCAUCUAUGAUAUGGGCGCUUUGCUACAUGUCGACCCGGCCGAGUACGAGUUCUUGACCAUCAAGGCACCAGUCGUACUCUUCAUUCUAGACCGCCGUAUAGCCAAAACGCAAGGUGCGUCAAAAAUGCCAGGCAUACUUGCGAAGAUCCUUACCAGAGCUCGAACGGGCGACUUGGUCAACAAUGCACUGUCCACGGACCUAUUCCAGAAAACAGCCGAGCGUAUGGGACACAUCAAGAUUGACGAUUUUCUUGCUCAAUGGGUGAAAGGCGCCGGCUGCCCCAGAUUCCAGGCGUUUCAAAGAUUCAACAAGAAGAAACUGGUUGUUGAGAUGCUUAUCAAGCAACUCCAAGGGACAGUGACAACGGAACGAGAGCUCGAGGUUGACUCUUUCAUGAGAGACGCUCGGGAGGACUUCCAAAACGUGUACGCUGCUCCGGCGCAACCGGUGUUCACAGGGCCAAUGACGAUCCGAAUCCACGAAGCAGACGGAACACCUUACGAGCACAUCGUAGAGAUCAAAGAUGCCAGUACCACGUUCGACAUCCCUUACAACACCAAGUAUAAGCGUCUUAAGCGCAGCAAGAAACAACGAGCUCGAGCCACUGCCAAAGCCGCCGCGGAAGGAGGAGACGAAGACAACGACUCUCUCGUCUACUGUCUGGGCGACGUUCUUCAGAGCGAGGAGGAAGUUGCUAAUUGGAGACUCGCCGAAUGGACCCCGGAAGAUGAAGAACGAAUGAACGCCGAGUCUUAUGAGUGGAUCAGGCUGGACGCGGAUUUCGAAUGGAUCUGCCGAAUUAACCUACAGAUGCCCGGGUACAUGUUCAGUUCGCAGCUACAGCAGGACCGAGAUGUUGUUGCGCAGCUGGAAGCGCUCCGACACAUUUCGGUAUAUCCAGCUGCACCUCUGGUGUCCUCCAUUUUCGUCCGUACAUUGAUGGAUCGGCGCUACUUCCAUGGCGUCCGGGCGAUGGCCGCACAGUGUUUGGUCAAGCACGCCAAAGAUGAAGGCGAGGCGAAGUACAUUGGUCUGUUUCAUCUCAAGAAAGCGUUCGAAGAACUCUACUGCGUACGGGAUGAACGUGGCUCGGCAAUGACUCGGCCCAACGACUUCUCCGACCAGCUGGCGUACAUGCUGCAAUGCGAGAUCAUCCAGGCAAUCGGUAAAGUGCGAGACAGCCGCGGCCACGCCCCCAAGGAAGUCAAGGAGUUUCUGCUCGACAAGCUCAAGUUCAACGACAACUCGGUCAACGAGUAUUCGGACGCUUACUACAUUGCGAGGCUGAUGAAGGCGCUCGCACAAGCCGUUGUUGCACGACCUCAGCAGCCACACCACCAGAUGGGACCGGCUAACUCGGCCGGCAAUGGGGAGCUGGACAUGGUCAGCGGCAUGGACAAUGCGGACCUGGAUCUCGAGGACGAAAUGCACGAAAUGCGCCAGCUGGAGCACCAGGUUUUGGACGAGAUCGACCGGUUCCGUAGAAUGGACGAGUGGACCAGUUCGUACCAGAACCUGUAUUCCCGAACGGCCCUGGAAUGCCAGGCCAUGCUUGCCGCCACGGGCAUCGGGCAGUUCUCGCCGCUACAUUUCCUGCAGUAUACCCGACCAGGGAAUUACGAGAUGCUGCGCGAGACGGCAUACAAUGUCCUCAUCACACCGACCGUGUUCGACAAUCCAUCCAUCCUUCGCUACGUGCUGUACUGCAUGGUGGCCGACGCGUCGCCGUGGUUGCGGCAGAGCCUGCAGCGGGCGUUUGGAAAGGUCCUUGCGAAGCGAGCAAUCGGCGACAAGCACAGCGCGACAGCGGCGGGACCUACCACUGAUGGCCUGGUGAUUGAGGACACGGCAGCCGGAGCCGAUGCGCGCCAGCACGACCUGGCCAGACGACAGACCAUUGAGGGGGCCAUGGCCGCGUUGAAAAAGGAGCUUGGGGACCACGAAGCGCUGAAGUCGGCUCUGUGGGAUGCCAGUUGCUACAACCAAAUCACGCUCGAGGAUCUACAGACGUUACUAGACUUCUGCCGACUGCUGUUCGAGCCGAUUGACCAAAUGAAGGUCACGCUACGGCUGCCGCGGUACUGGCAGGUCGAGAAUCUAGGCAAGGGUAAACUCAAGUUCACCCAAACGCGCAAAGUCAGAUCGAAGCUUGUGCCGAAGUGGCAGCCGCCGGUGCCUGUGCAAUCUGCUCGACCAGCGCCAGCGGCAGGUCCAGUCCACCGACCUGUUGCCGGUAUCAGUGGCUUGAAAUUGACUUUCAAAAUGAGCUCGACCCAGUCUUCAAACCCAACACCUACUCCUCCGCUUCCACCUCUACCGUCACAGCGGCCGGCACAAACGCAAUCCCCCACACCAUCCGCUGCCCCAGGCCGCGUUGUUCUGAAAUUCAAGGGAGCCUCCAAGGGAUGA